CUCUACUCCUGUCAGUGACGUCACCCAGAGACCCGGCGUCCCUCUCAGCAGUGAGCGGUGCGCGUUUGGCAACAAAAGACUCAUUUAUUAACCAGUUUGCAGCGUUGUAACGACCGCGGUAUUUUUUGCGACGUAACCACAGGCGGUAGUUGGUAGCGAUGACACCGCUGCUGCUGUCCGCCAGAGGAAGAGGAAGAAGAAGAUGAUGAUGAUGAUGACAUGCAGUUAGUUGGCUGGCUGGCGGACGGACGGGCGGACCACCACACCGGGACCCGGGACGACAAGAGGCCGAGAUGCCUCGCAGGAAACAAUCCAACCCCCAGCCGGUGAAAUUGGAGACGGAGGACGGGGCGGUGCUGUGCGACCCGGGCUGCCUGGUCCUGGACAGCGACUUCCUGCUGAGCGGCGAGCUGGAGUUUGGAGACUCUGAGAUCAUGGGCCUUGAUCGAGACUCAGGUUUGACGGUGUUCUCUCUGAGUGUUGACGACGAACCUUCAGCACCAACAGGCUCCGCCUUCCCAGCCUUCCUGUCCUGUAAAGGAUGUGGUGGACUCCUGGGAGACCCGGCUCUGGGAGCAGGUCUAGACCUGGGUGUGGGCCUGGACCUGGGGGCGGAGCUCUACUGUCUCACCUGUGAGAAGGGCCUCCAGCACGAAGCCUCGCCCCAGGCGGAGGGUUCUGCGGAGGCCGACGGGAAGGACGGUGACGAGGACGCCCCCCCCAAGGUGUUCUCUUGCUCGCUGUGCGCCUUCACCUCGCGGUACUCCAACCACCUGAAGCGCCACAUGAGGACGCACGACGGCCACAAGCCGUACCGCUGCCCCGCCUGCCCCUACGCCUCCACCCAGCUCGUCAACCUGCAGCGCCACGCCCGCACCCACACCGGGGAGAAACCCUACCGCUGCCCCCAGUGCAGCUACGCCUGCAGCUCCCUGGGAAACCUGCGCAGACACCAGCGCAUGCACGCGCAGGAGAGGCCGCGGGAAAGGAGGGAGAAGGAAAAGCGCCGGGGGAGGAGGAAAAAAGGAAGCGCUGCGAGCGGAGAAGUGGUGUCAGACCUGACCCUGCGGGUGUCCCAGGACUCUGGGUACUUCCAGACCCUGGGGGGCCUCGGCUCCCCUUCUGCCCCGCUCCCUGUCCUCCUCUUCCCCCUCUGCUGCCGCAUGUGUGGCCUCACCCUGGAGGAAGACGACCUGGAGGGGGACAAGGGGGAGGGUGACGGGGAAGCGGGACAGGUGUGUCGGCGCUGCUCGCUGCCCUCCAAAGAUGGAUCCGGGUCCCCUCGUGACCUGUCCUCACCUCGGGGCUCCCGUCGGGGGCGGCGUGGCGCCAAGCUGUACCGCUGCCCCCACUGCCCCUUCCUGUCCCACUAUCCCAACCACCUGGCCCGCCACGCCCACACCCACUCUGAGGAGAAACCCCACAGCUGCCCACAAUGCCCUUACACCUCCUCGCACCUCGACAACCUGAAGCGCCACCUGCGCGUGCACACUGGAGAGAAACCUUACCAGUGCCCCUCCUGCAGCUACGCGUGCGGGAACCUGGCCAACCUACGGCGCCACGAGCGCAUCCACUCGGGCGCCAAGCCCUUCCACUGUGGCGUCUGCGGCUACUCCUGCAACCAGAGCAUGAACCUGAAGAGGCACAUGCUGCGGCACACGGGCGAGAAGCCGUACGCCUGCGCCGAGUGCAACUACACCACCGGCCACUGGGACAACUACAAGCGCCACCAGAGGAAGCACGGACACGACACGGACAGCUGGGACAAACACGCCCCCAUCAACGGCCUCAGCUGGAGCAGAGACGCGCAGGGGGGGCCCAGUGAGGAGCACAGCUAGAGUGUGUGAGUGUGUGUGUGUGUGUGUGUGUGUGUGUGUGUGUGUGUGUAUUUUCAACACUAGUGCACCUCCAGGUCCAGGUGGAGACAAACUCCGGUGCCUUUGACAGACUCAACAACUAACACUGCACAGACUUUAUUCUUAAAGGGGGGGGGUGUGUGCGCUGCAUAUACACACACACAAUCAGUAAAGGACUCUCCUGUGCACAGACGUCUCAUCUAUCACCAUGUGACCUUUUCUACCUGCUGGUUUUUGUGUUUCUUUGGAGAGAUAAUCUAUAUUUGGAUGAUUGUUUGACGCGCUUCAAUUUGAGCUCUGUUUGUUUUCUUUAAUCCAGCAGAUGUUUGUCUUAAGGAGGCUCCUGUGCAGCUUUUUAUUUCCGUCUCUUCUGGGAUAAUGGAGAAAAUACAGAAAACCAGAAGUUUGAGUGGAUGUUGUUUUAGGAUAAAUCUGAAAUAAUUGUAAUAAAAUGCAGUGUACAUGGCCUUUAAAUUAGGAUUUUAUUAUUUUUUAAAUGUAAAAUAUUGUGGCGUCUCAGCAUUACAACUCUUGUUUAUUGAUUAUUUAUUUUUUCCUGUAAUCUUCAUACUUUCAACAAUAUGCAGAAUUUAAAAUGUCAAAUGAAUCUUUGCUGUGAUAACUCCAGAAUCCAACGUCAAUGUAAACGUAAAUGCACUCUGCUGUUCUCUCAGAGCAUAACGGCAGGAAUCCCAUGUCUUUGUAUAAUAUAAAUACACAUUCAUAUAAUUUUAUCUGCAAGCCUUUCGGAGAGGAUGUUUACCUCUGAAAUCAACAAUUCAGGGACAUGAACAAAAGAGUCGUGAAAUAAUUUUUAGUUUAAUAAACUGUGAAAUGUCA